AUGUCAAGGAAAUUUGAUGAGCACAUUUGUGGAUGCUUUACUGAAAUGUGUAGCUGCUUAAUCGCAUUUUGUAUUCCUUUUGGCACUUGUGGACUCCAAGCAUAUGCUAUUAAUAAAUCAAUAGGUGAGGGGUAUGUCAUUCCAUUCGUGAUCCCAAUUUUUGGAUGAUGCAUUGGCUCUGCUAUCAAUCGUGAGCAAAUUAGGAAAAAAUACCAUAUAGAGAGCGAUUUCUGUAAGGAUUGCUUGUUUCAUACAUUCCUUAAUCCAUGUGAAAUAAAAUGGUGACGUAUGACGGAGUUGAGCUCCGAGGUGUCUCACCCAUUUUUGGCAAGGCAGGGCUCCACAAAAUCCAUUCGACCGAAGUAUGACCGGGUUGGGGUCUAGUAGGGCAUGGAGAAGGAGUCUCUUGUCCUCCAUGGGUGAAGUUUUAUUUCUCCUCGUAGGUUUGCCCAGCCCAGGCUGGGUUUUGUCCUACCACCUAGUCCUUCUCUGUCGGGACUAGCGGAGUGCUCAGAUGCGGGCGAAGAACCCAGGUGGGCUAACCCUUGGGUUCGAGUGGUUCAGACCGGAAAACCAAGUAAGCAAUGGGAAGAGGAAUUUCCCGCUUGGAGCCGAGACGGGGCAAAGGCUAGUGUGCAAACGCUUAUGGCCAGUUUAACAAUUUAACUAACUUUAACUUAAUCCAUGUGAAGACGUAAAAUAGUGAUUUGGCUGAAAUUGGCCUCCGGGGCACACUUUAUGACCCGUCCUGAUGAAGCAGAAAGCAGGGCCUCUGUCCCUUUGAAGCAGGCCUUUAGGUUUGUGGAAGCUUUGCGGAAGAGGGAAGUUUUGUUUCUCCCCCGAAGGUUUUCGUAUUCUGCAAGUGGGCUAGACAGAAUUUGCCCCCCACUAGUCUUCGUCCAUCGGUUAUCGGGGUACUCCACUAAGGUGGCUCUAACCUAGCGGCUGAUCCUUAGCUAGGUGACUCUCGCCGGAAAAUUCAAGAGGGUGGAAUUUUGGUUCCCCUUACACCAUUUGCGCCCUGAUGAAUACGCAGAAGCGUAGGGCCACCUUUCCAUGAGCCAAAGUAGUCCGGCUAGUGGGGGUCCUAGUUAUAGCUGUAUAAAAUUUAAUCUUUAAUCCAUGUGCAGCUGCUCAAGAAUAUCGAGAAGCUGUUAAGGUGGAAGAAAGAAGGGUGUAA